UCUCCUCCUUAUCUUGGCUGAGGGCAGGCAGUAGCCGUGCAGCGGCAGUGUGCCUAUGCAGACGGAGGGAGAGUGAGCAGCACAGGGUGUUUCCACCAUGGUCUUCACUCAGGCCCGGGCUGAAGUCAGGGGCCACCUCCAGAUACGCAGCCUCCUGGCCCGGCAGUGCCUGGCAGAGUUUCUGGGUGUGUUUGUGCUCAUGCUCCUCACCCAAGGAGCUGUGGCCCAGGCUGUCACCAGUGGAGAAGACAAAGGCAACUUCUUCACCAUGUUUCUGGCUGGCUCUCUGGCUGUCACGAUAGCCAUCUACGUGGGUGGUAAUGUCUCAGGGGCCCACCUGAAUCCAGCCUUCUCCCUGGCCAUGUGCCUCCUUGGACGCCACCCCUGGGUCAAGCUCCCUAUUUACAUCUUGGUGCAGCUGCUGUCUGCUUUCUGUGCUUCGGGAGCCACCUAUGUUCUCUACUACGACGCCCUGCAGAACUAUACAGGUGGGAACCUGACAGUGACUGGUCCCAAGGAGACAGCCUCUAUUUUUGCCACCUACCCUGCCCCCUAUCUGUCCCUGAACAAUGGCUUCCUGGAUCAGGUUCUGGGCACCGGGAUGCUGAUUGUGGGGCUCUUGGCCAUCCUGGACAGACGGAACAAGGGAGUCCCUGCGGGUCUGGAGCCUGUGGUGGUGGGGAUGCUGGUCUUGGCCAUCGGGUUAUCCAUGGGUGCCAACUGCGGGGUUCCACUCAACCCGGCCCGGGACCUGGGCCCGCGUCUCUUCACCUACGUGGCUGGCUGGGGUCCUGAAGUCUUCAGUGCUGGUAAUGGCUGGUGGUGGGUGCCUGUGGUGGCCCCUAUGGUGGGGGCCACGCUUGGCACAGCCACUUACCAGCUGUUGGUGGCUCUGCACCAUCCUGAGGACCCAGAGCCAGUUCAGCAUCUGGUGUCUGACCAACGUAAAGCCUCAGAGUUGGAAACUCCUGCCUCAGCACAGAUGCUGGAGUGUAAGCUAUGAUUAGGCCAAUCCUCACUUCACUCGUGGACCCUGGAGCCAUCACUGACCCCGCCUGGGAGCAACAGUUAUUCUUCCUCCUUGUUCAUGUGCCAGAACCUGGGAGCCUUCCCGUUUACCCACAUGGCACCCCUUCCUCCUAAGAAGGAUCCUGGACAGGGAGAAGCGGAGGAGGAUAAGGUACCGGGACUCAGCCUUCUCAUCCCCCUCCUCCCACAAAGCGGUUUUCUGACCCUCCGGGCCUCUUGGAACGUAAUUACUCGAGGUAGCCGCUAGAGGGUGCGCACCCGGACGCUGGACGGGGACGGCUGUGGGCAUCUGCAGGGCGGAGGGGGCCACCAUCCAGGGUAGGGCACAACCCUGGGGACUGCCCUCCACAGCCUGUCCCGACUGCCGACUCCCAGCUUUCAUCGCCCCGGCGCCUCCCGCCUUCACCCUCUCGGGAAGCCUCUCGCAGCGGGUAGUUAGGGGUGGGGAGGCCGCCACCACCUAGGGGGCGUGGUGGGGGCGGAGGGAGGGAGGGAGGCGGGGCACAGAGACCGAGAGCAAGGCGGGGAAACUGAGGCAUGGUUCCUCGACAUCUCGGUGCGGCGUCGUUCAUUCAAGGAGAGUGAGAUACAGUGAGAUGAAGCAGGGCGAGGAGAAAGGGUGAAGGAACAGAGGGUGGACGGCUCCGAGGAGCGAGAGUCGGGGCCUGAGGGCAACCUGGCGCCGGGGAGAAUUCUGGUUGUUCACCACUUCUACAGCUCUCCCGCCGCUCCCUGCAGAGGAUGCUCGUUUUGCAGAGAAGGCAGAGUUCCUCUACUCCUUUUUUCCAAAUUAAAAAAACCCUCUGAACGA